AUGUCUGCCACAGUAACACCAAUAUCAACCUCGACCCCAAAACCAACCCUGCUCACCCCCCGCGUCCUCUCCGUCUCCAAAUCCUCCUCCCACUCCAUCGCCAAAUCCCCCGUCCCAUCCAUCACCCUCAUCCCCAACCACGGCGUCGACGGCGACUGCCACGCGGGCCAAGCCACCCAGCAUCGCGCCCAGCCACAACGCACCCCAAAUCUCAGACAAGUACAUCUGGUCCCCGUCGAGACACUCCGCGAGCUCUUGGGUAGACUUUCCGCUGCCGCUGCGGGCCGCGACGCAAAGCCCCUCUCAGCAGGCGAGAUCGGCGAGAAUAUCACGACGGAGGGGGUCGAGCUAUCGACGCUCCCGCUGGGGACGGAGUUGCAUUUCCUGGGCGGUGAAGGGGAGGAGGGAGCUAUUGUGGUGUUGACGGGUGUCCGGAAGCCAGGGCCGGGGAUGGAUAAGUGUCGCGCUGGACUGAAGGAUGUGUGUGUGGUGCGGGAUGGGGGCCGGGUGGUUUAG